GGGGAACAAACACCCGCGAAAUACCCCACGUGAUACUGUCACUGGCGCGAAAUUCUUUAGCGGGAGAAGGAGCAGCAGUAGUAACUGAUUGCCCCUUUCUCAUAUCGGAUACAACAGUAGUGCGUGAAAAGAACUAUGUCUUCUCCAUCUUCAACACCAAGCCGUAGAAGGAGUAAACGUGGGAGAGGUAGUAACCCACCGACUCCCCGUAGUGAAGAUGUUCAGUCUCCUCCAUCUCAGAGACGUCGAACAGAUGAUUCUGCAUCUAUUGGUGAAUUGCUGCCCAUGCCAACUUCACCCACAGCUGACCUUCAGAGUCCUAGUGCACAAGAAUCCUUAUUCUCUAGCCCUGCACCAUCACGUCACUCUGUUAUGCAGAGUGAGCUUGACUUGAGUUCGCCCCUGACGUAUGGAACCCCAAGUUCAAGAGUGGAGGGCACUCCAAGGAGUGGCAUCAGAGGCACUCCUGCUAGACAGAGACCUGAUCUCGGGUCAGCUCGUAAAGUCAAACAGGUCGAUUUACAUUCAGAUCAGCCUGCAGCUGAGGAGCUAGAGAUAAGCGAACAAUCUAUGGGGCAGAAACUUGUGAUCUGGGGAACUGAUGUCAAUGUUGCCACAUGCAAAGAGAAAUUCCAGAGGUUUGUCCAGAGAUUCAUUGAUCCUAUGGCUAAAGAAGACGAAAAUUUUGGUUUAGAUCUGAAUGAGCCUAUUUACAUGCAGAGGCUGGAAGAGAUUAACGUGGUAGGGGAACCAUUUCUGAAUGUCAAUUGUGAUCAUCUAAGGUCCUUUGAUCAAGAUUUGUACAGACAAUUGAUCUGCUACCCACAGGAAGUCAUUCCAACUUUUGAUAUGGCCGCCAAUGAGAUCUUCUUUGAACGUUACCCUGACUCUAUCCUUGAACACCAAAUUCAAGUUAGGCCUUUCAAUGCAUUGAAGACCAGAAAUAUGAGAAGUUUAAACCCUGAAGAUAUUGACCAGCUAAUAACGAUUGGAGGCAUGGUCAUCAGAACCUCUCAAAUAAUUCCCGAGAUGCAGGAAGCAUUCUUCAAAUGCCAGGUGUGCUCCUUCAGUACUAGGGUGGAAAUUGACCGUGGUCGCAUUGCAGAACCAUCAGUCUGUAAGCACUGCAACACAACCCACAGCAUGGCUCUAAUUCACAACCGCUCCAUGUUUUCGGACAAGCAGAUGAUCAAACUCCAGGAAUCUCCUGAAGAUAUGCCAGCAGGUCAGACUCCCCAUACAAUUGUUUUGUAUGGACACAAUGAUUUAGUUGACAAGGUGCAGCCUGGAGACAGAGUGAAUAUAACAGGGAUUUACAGAGCAGUACCAAUACGUGUAAACCCAAGGGUUAGAAAUGUGAAGUCUGUUUACAAGACUCAUAUUGAUGUAAUUCAUUACCGGAAAACUGAUUCCAAACGCCUGCAUGGGAUUGAUGAGGACUCGGAGCAGAAGCUGUUUACUGAAGAACGAGUGGCAAUGUUAAAGGAUCUGGCUGCUAAACCAGAUAUUUAUGAGAGACUUGCUUCAGCUCUUGCCCCAAGUAUUUAUGAACAUGAAGACAUUAAAAAGGGUAUUCUACUACAGUUAUUUGGUGGCACUCGCAAAGAUUUCAGCAGUACUGGAAGAGGCAAAUUCCGUGCUGAAGUAAACAUAUUGCUUUGUGGAGACCCAGGCACAAGUAAAUCUCAGCUCUUACAAUAUGUGUAUAAUCUGGUGCCCAGGGGCCAGUACACAUCAGGAAAAGGAUCAAGUGCUGUUGGUUUAACAGCUUAUGUGAUGAAGGACCCAGAAACUAGACAGUUGGUUCUUCAAACUGGUGCUUUGGUUCUUAGUGACAAUGGUAUUUGCUGCAUUGAUGAGUUUGACAAAAUGAAUGAGAGCACCAGAUCUGUGUUACAUGAAGUAAUGGAACAGCAGACUCUUUCUAUAGCAAAAGCUGGGAUUAUUUGUCAGCUCAAUGCUCGCACAUCAGUUUUAGCUGCAGCAAACCCAGUGGAGUCACAGUGGAACCCAAAGAAAACAACAAUAGAGAACAUUCAGCUUCCACAUACACUUUUAUCCAGAUUUGAUCUAAUUUUCUUGAUGCUGGACCCGCAAGAUGAAACCUAUGACCGUCGACUGGCACACCACCUUGUAGCUUUGUACUACCAAAGUGAGGAACAAAUGAAAGAAGAGCAUUUAGACAUGUCUAUACUAAAAGACUACAUUGCAUAUGCUCGUACUUAUGUGAACCCCAGGCUUAGUGAGGAAGCUGGCCAAGCCCUUAUUGAGGCUUAUGUUGACAUGAGGAAAAUUGGCAGUGGCCGUGGUAUGGUUUCUGCCUAUCCUAGACAGCUGGAGUCUCUUAUCCGCUUAUCUGAAUCUCAUGCCAAAGUACGCUUUUCCAACAAAGUUGAAACUAUUGAUGUGGAAGAGGCUAAACGCCUUCAUCGUGAGGCUUUGAAGCAGUCCGCUACAGACCCCAGAACUGGCAUUGUAGAUAUCUCCAUUUUGACUACAGGAAUGAGUGCAACAGCUCGUAAACGGAAAGAAGAAUUGGCUCAAGUUUUGAAAAAGCUUAUUCAAUCUAAAGGCAAAACCCCUGCAUUAAAAUAUCAGCAACUCUUUGAGGAUCUCCGUGGGCAAUCUGAUGCAGCUAUCACAAAAGACAUGUUCGAUGAAGCUUUGCAUGCCCUCGCAGAUGAAGAUUAUUUGACCGUUACUGGAAAGACUGUUAGGUUGCUUUAAAAUAAACCAAAUCCUUCCAGCAGUAUUGUUUACUGCAGUUUGCCAUUGCAUCAAUGUUAGCAGGUUAUCAAUGCUGCUAUAUAGGAAAAUAUCAGUGUAACAAUUUUGUAGGUUUGUAAGGAACAGUUUGUAUGUUACUAGUGAAUGAUGCAUCCUCAAUAAAAAUGCAAUACUUCUAGAAAGUGCUUUGCCAACACUCUAUGUAACUGUUUUAGGCUACUGUGCAAAGUGCUACUCUCAAUCUGUAAAUGUAUGAUCGGAUGGCUGUGAUAAUUCACAGCUGAGGGGGGAUUGGCAGAGUGAAUUCUGAUGAAUUAUAGAUUUAUCCCUGUUUCUGUUCAAUGAAAAGGCUGUAAAACUGCACAUAGUAAAUAUAAUAAAAUGCUUGUACCACA